UCAUGGAACUCCUGGAACUCAGUUAAUCUUCAUGAUGAGACUGAAUAUACCGGCGUUGUUACUUGGCACGAUGCCCUUAUCCGGUUGUUUAUCCUGGGGACUUUCCCGACUCAUGUGUUGAGCGAAGUUAUAAUUAAACGGCAAGCCAAUAUGGUACACAUAAGCUUCCUGUUGUCAAACAGACUCAGUGCGACAGAAAUCUACUUCCUUAUUGGCUACGGAGAACAAAUGCUUUCCAUGCUCCUCCGCAGUCCCGUGAAAAUUGAACCAAGAAUGGUACUUGAUCCGAAGGACGUCAUCUUCCGAUAUGUGUGA